AAUUGUUUGUUCGCUUAUUUUUGCCAUUAGGUAUCGUUUUCUCUGAAUUUUGUAUUUUUAAGAAGACGAAAUGUCCGCUUCAGUAGACCAAACAAAGCCAGAUGACGUAAUAAAGGAUUUGGGAGGUUGUGGAAGGUACCAAAUACGGCUGAGUGUCACUGUCCACCUGGUGAAAACCUUGUUCAGUUUCAGCUACACAAGCCUGGUAAUAAUAACGUCAGUGCCGACAUGGUGGUGUGAAGAAAACAUUUAUAACAAUGGUACAUUUCUGGAAUCGUCUGGGACACAGUCAUGUUCAAUUACAAAUGGUACGGAAUGUCAUUUAUUUUCGUUUGAAGAAGGGACCAACACAAUAGUAAGCGAGUUCAAACUGGUUUGCACAAACGACUUCAUUCCUAGUACGAUUAAUUCCAUUCAAAUGGCAGGAACUUUGACCAGCUAUGUCAUUUCGGGACACGUAGCAGACCGGUUCGGUCGGAAACCGCCGUUUCUUAUCGCUAUACUAAUUGUAUUCUCUUUCAAUUUAGUCGGAUUUUUCUCAGUGUCUUGGAAAAUGUUUGCAGUGUCAACAUUCUUUACCGGAUUUGGACGAGGUGGAUUUUUAACUACACAGCAUAGUGUUAUGUCAGAGUAUACUCCAACAAAGUGGCGAGUCUUGGUAAUAGGGUUCCCGUCACUAGCCUUACAUCAGUGUCUGCUGUCACUAAUUGCUUGGAUGAUUCGAGACUGGCGCUAUCUUUUACUAAUGACAUCACUAUUAGCAAUACCAUGUUUCUUUGCGACUUACUU